ACCAUCCUUUUCGAAAGCCUUGUUGCCAGAGUAACAGGACGAGGCCUAAUUUUUCUGCUGAAGUCGUGGAUUAAUUUAUUGCGAUGUGGAGCAGAGCCUCGGGUUCUGGAGUGGCGAAUUUAUUGCCUGGGUUCUCGGACUGUCGUGUCCUCCAUGUCACUGCUGGCCGCUCGAUUCGGGCCCAAAGGCCAAAGGAAAAACCGGAGUCGGUGGAGUUACCCGGGCUGGAACCCAUCACCUACUGGGACAGGAUGCACUUCGAGCCGAGCUUGUCCGAACCCAAAUAUCCCGACUGGAAGCGUGAUUGGGAAGAUCCCUUCCACCGACGGGGCCCCAAGUAUGAGGAGAUGCCACUGUAUAAGGACAGGCCGUGUUACACCUUCCAACAGAGAACCAAAUUACUGGAGGGUGUUAAACAAGCUCUUUGGCUGACCAAGUCUAAAUUGAUAGAUGGCCUUCCUAAGCAGAUAAUGAGCAUAGCUGAAGAUCCUGCAUAUCGCAUUGAAGACCAGGAUGAGCGUGUUAAGGCAGCUAUCAGUCAUGCUCGUUUUUGGAGUGCCCCUGAAAUUCGUCCCAAAAGAGAUCGGUUUUGCCCUGUCCUGAUGCAGGACCUCCUACACUUGUAGGAUCAGCAGCCUCAAUUUCCCACACUUGGAAACAGGAUGUUGGCUGAAAAUUACCGUGUAUCAGCAACAUGGGAGAGAGAAUCUGACAUAUACCGGGUUUGUGGUUUGAAUGGAAUGCUCUUGAGUAGUAAGCAACCUUUACCAGCCAUAGCAGGAGAAAAAGAGAUAUUAAGCACGGAAAAACAUAUCCUCCCAACAUUCUAUCCCAUUUCGCCUAAUAUUGACCUGCAGCCGACACAUGUCUAUGAACUAUGUAAUGACACAGGCUUCCAAGAUGGAUACCCUUUUCCUCAUGCACACACCCUAUAUAUUACUGAGUCCUCUGUUAAUGCAACAUUGUUCAAACCAGAACCAUUAAGGGCCAAGAUGAUUAUGUUCACUUUCGCCAAUGCCCUUGUAAGGGCCAAGAUUUUAUAUGGGGAAGAACCAAAGGUGUUGGAUAAUCCUAUCACAGUACAAUGCAUUGCCACGAAUGGAAGGCUAUUCCAGUUUAGUUUCCAACUAAAUACCACAAACCUACAAUCAAAUGAUGAUAAAAAUCUCAUUUGGUUGGAUCAAGACCAGCUGUUGUAUGACUAUGCAAAGUCUCCCAUAAUGAAAAAGAAAAUGGUCCAGGUUCCUGCUGGGCUGUCUGGAUAUUGUCCAGAGACAUUCAGUAAGUUCCUUGCCUUGUACUUGCACGGGGCUGUAUAGAAUCACAACAAGUUUAUUUGCAUGAAGAACUGUUACAUACCGUCUGGGAAACAAAAGGAUCGUUGGUGGAAACCAGAAGAAAUACUGACCAUACAUGGAAGUACCAAGCCUGUGGAUGUAUACAAAAUCAAUGUUGCCUCAACUUUCAAUUGAAAUUAAGAGCAUUAUGUCAAAAAGAUUUAUUUUAAGAUUAAGACUGAAUAUUUGUGAAUAAUGCUACUUUAUUACAAGGAAGUUUGAAAUGCUUAUGUCUCAAUGCCCAAUUUAAACAACACCACCUAAACAGUGAAUUGUUUCUGUAGUACAAAUGUAUUUCUUUUUCCCACAUUGCAAGUAAAAUCAAAUUCUAAUACUUUAAA